ACAACGCCUUUCUUAGGUAUACCUUACGAAGACACUGAUUCAAAAAGCUAAAAAAAUCCAACCGCCAGUCAAAUAGAUAAGUCCACACACCGAAGAACAAGUCUUACAACUUGUUAAAAACAACUCUUAAAAGAGAGCCUGUGAGUGAAUAUAGAAAACUCGUGACUAUAAUAAACAAAAAAGAUUAAGAAAUUUCACGACAAAUAUCGAUAAUUACAAGAAGAAAUUAUAUUCCUGACAUGUCACAUAUGCUAUACUCUUUUUACCCCCUUUGUUCUUAUUGCAAUUCCAUAAACUCCCUAAAAUGCAGAUGAAACAGAAGUAUAAAUACGCAAUUUCUUGGAGUAAAAAAAUCUUCCACUUUGAAUGCAAAACCAUUUACGCCACAAGAAAAAUUCAUACAUGUAAAACUGCGAAUAGAUUCGCCCAACUCCUCACCUACUCUUAACUUCAAUUUCUUUUUAAUCUAUAUACACUACGUAUGUAUAUAUAAAGCAAAAGCUACAAAACCCAAAACAACUCAAAGUUAGAUACUUAGAGAUCACCAAACUAAUUGACAAAUUUCUCCCUCAUUCUCCCAUCCAAAUAUUCCUAUAAAGUCGAUCAAAAUUAUUCUGUGGGUUUAGAGCUUUAGACACAUUACCUGAGGCCAAAAAAAAAAAAACAUUAACCAGACAAUAAUCCACAAGAUGUCUGGUUUGCUAGGCAAACUAUCUCCGGUUAGACAGGUCAAUGGCGAUGGCCUCCCUCUGUUUUACAAUAUCCACAGGUCAGUGGAGCUUCAGAGAUGUCAGAGAGACACGGCGCGAGUGUCUGUCACGCUUGCAGAACUUCUCAUGAGUGUGGAAGAUGAGGGGGAUGAACACAGUCAGGCUUUGGAUGUUGCGGUUGCCUCCAAUUUCUGGGCCUCGAAUCCGUCUUCUUGUGUGCCUUCUUCUUCUCCGUUUGUUCUUUCCUUCAAAGACUUGUCUUACAGCGUUAAGAUCCAGAAGAAGUUUAAGUCGCCCUUUCCUUGUUGUGGGAAUUCACCAUUUGAUGGUAAUGAUAUGGAGAUGAAUACUAAGGUGUUGCUGAAUGGUAUUUCUGGUGAAGCCAGAGAAGGAGAGAUGAUGGCCGUUCUUGGAGCAAGCGGGUCAGGAAAAUCGACGCUUAUCGAUGCAUUAGCCAACCGGAUCGCAAAAGAGAGCCUACGAGGUGCUAUUACUUUAAACGGGGAAGUUCUUGAAUCCAGCCUGCACAAAGUUAUAUCGGCUUAUGUGAUGCAAGACGAUCUUCUCUUUCCCAUGCUCACUGUAGAAGAAACUUUGAUGUUUUCUGCAGAGUUCAGGCUUCCAAGUUCGCUUUCUAAGAAGAAGAAGAAGGCAAGGGUUCAAGCUCUGAUUGACCAGCUCGGACUGAGGAACGCUGCGAGAACUGUGAUCGGUGAUGAGGGACACAGAGGUGUGUCUGGAGGAGAAAGAAGACGAGUCUCAAUUGGAACCGAUAUAAUCCAUGAUCCGAUAAUCCUCUUUCUCGAUGAGCCAACCUCUGGUCUCGACUCUACAAGCGCCUACAUGGUUGUCAAAGUGCUUCAGAGAAUCGCACAAAGCGGUAGCAUAGUUAUCAUGUCGAUCCAUCAGCCGAGUUACAGAAUCUUGGGCUUGCUCGAUAAAUUAAUCUUCCUAUCUAGGGGAAACACAGUAUACAGCGGCUCUCCAACACAUCUCCCUCGGUUCUUCUCCGAGUUCGGUCACCCAAUUCCUGAAAACGAGAACAAGCCAGAAUUCGCACUUGAUCUUAUCCGCGAGCUUGAAGAUUCACCAGAAGGAACAAAAACCUUAGUAGAGUUCCACAAGCAAUGGCGAGCAAAGCAAACCUCAAGCCAGAGCAGAAGAAACACUAAUGUAUCUCUCAGAGAUGCAAUCACCUCAAGUAUCUCUAGAGGCAAACUUGUCUCCGGAGCAACAAACCUAAAAUCCUCAUUCCAAACCUUUGCAAACCCGUUCUGGACAGAAAUGCUCGUAAUUGGCAAACGAUCAAUACUAAACUCAAGCAGACAACCAGAGCUAUUCGGAAUCCGCCUAGGAGCUGUUCUAGUAACAGGAAUCAUCCUAGCCACAAUAUUCUGGAAACUAGACAAUUCACCAAGAGGUAUACAAGAACGUUUAGGGUUCUUUGCAUUCGCAAUGUCUACAACAUUCUAUACCUGUGCAGAAGCAAUCCCAGUCUUCCUACAAGAACGUUACAUAUUCAUGAGAGAAACAGCUUACAACGCUUACAGAAGAUCAUCAUACGUCCUCGCUCACACAAUCAUCUCAAUCCCUGCUCUGAUAAUCUUAUCAGCCGCCUUCGCCGCCACAACGUUCUGGGCCGUAGGUCUCGCGGGAGGCUCCGAGGGAUUCUUCUUCUUCUUCUUCACAAUCCUCACAGCGUUUUGGGCAGGAAGCUCCUUCGUCACGUUCUUAUCCGGCGUAGUCUCGCACGUGAUGAUCGGAUUCACGGUGGUUGUAGCGAUCCUCGCUUACUUCCUCCUCUUCUCCGGAUUCUUCAUCUCCAGAGAUCGUAUCCCUCCUUGCUGGAUCUGGUUCCACUACCUCUCUUUAGUGACAUACCCUUACGAAGGUGUUCUCCAGAACGAAUUUGAAGAUCCGACGACAUGCUUCGUACGCGGGAUACAGAUGUUCGACAAUUCGCCGCUGGGACAAUUUCCGGCCGCCGCGAAAAUCACCUUACUCAAGAGCAUGAGCGGCGUUUUAGGGAUUAACGUGACGGCGGAGACGUGUGUUACAGCGGGAAUAGACAUACUGAAACAGCAAGGAAUCACAGAGAUCAGCAAAUGGAGUUGCUUGUGGAUUACUGUAGCUUUGGGAUUCGUCUUCAGAGUUCUCUUCUACUUCACACUCUUGAUCGGAAGCAAGAACAAGCGCCGCUGAUUUACUUAUAACACUUAAAAAAAAAAAAUUAGAGUAACUAACCAAUGAUUAUUAUGCUGUUCUUAUUAUGUUGUUUGAUUAUUAAUACAAAACUUUAAUGGGCUUGGGAAAAUAUUAAGGCCCAAUAAAAUAUA